AUGGCUGAAGCUGAGGCAGACUUCUCUUCUUUACCAUUACCAGACCGAUUCGCCCACAAGGUCUGGAAGGUCAGGAAAGCAGGCUAUGAAGAUGCGAAAAAGGAAUUUGAGAAGACUGCGGAUGAAUCAGAUUCCGUCUUCACUCCAUUUUUACAAGAUCCGGGCCUGUGGAAAGGCGCGGUUGCAGACUCGAACGUUGCAGCGCAACAGGACGGUCUAGCUGCAUAUUGCUCCUUUCUAAAAUUCGGGGGCCUUCAAGCAUGUACCAGGACCCGCGGAACUACGAUCGCUGCGAUUGCCGAAAAGGGCCUUCCCUCCGCGAGGCCUGCUGCAAAGGCCAAUGCUCUUGAAGCUAUCCUACUCUGCGUCGAAAUAGAAAACACCGCGAAUCCUGUCAUCGAGGAGAUUCUUCCCAUGCUUUCACACAAAGUACCCAAGGUCAUUGCCGCAUCAUUAGCUGCAUUGACGGCUAUAUAUCACAAUUUUGGAGUCAAGAUUGCCGAUCCGAAACCGGUUCUGAAGGCUUUGCCCAAGGUAUUCGGGCAUGCCGAUAAGAACGUGCGUGCCGAAGCACAACACCUGACCGUGGAGCUCUACAGAUGGUUGAAGGAAGCAAUAAAACCAGUCUUCUUUGGUGAACUAAAACCUGUCCAGCAGCAGGAUCUGGAUAAACUAUUUGAAAAUGUCAAGCAGGAGGCACCGCCGAAGCAGGAGAGACUCACAAGGUCUCAGCAGGAGGCCCCACCCCCCGCGGCCGGUGAAGAUGGUGGUGAAGAGGAUGCAGAAGAAUAUGCAGAAGAGGAUGGUGGUGAGGUAGAUGGUUUUGACCUCGCGGAGCCCGUGGAUAUAAUGCCGAAAGUGCCUAAGGACCUUCAUGAACAGCUAUCCUCGUCUAAAUGGAAGGACAGAAAAGAAGCCCUCGACGCGCUUCAUGGCGUGCUAAAUGUCCCAAGGAUCAAGGAUGGGCCAUACGAUGAAAUAGUCAGGGCAUUGGCUAAGUGCAUGAAGGACGCCAACGUUGCUGUUGUCACUGUGGCUGCCAAUUGUGUUGAUCUGUUGGCCAAGGGUCUCCGGAAGGACUUUGGUAAACAUCGAGCGACGAUCAUGGCUCCUAUGAUGGAGCGUUUGAAAGAGAAAAAGCAAAGUGUUGCGGAUGCCCUCGGUCAGGCCCUGGACUCAGUUUUUGCAUCGACCGAUUUAACCGAGUGUCUGGAAGAUACGCUUGAAUUCCUCAAACACAAGAAUCCACAAGUGAAACAGGAAACCGUGAAAUUUCUCAUCCGCUGUCUCCGAACUACGAGAGAUGUGCCUUCUAAGGCGGAGGCGAAAUCAAUAGCUGAAGCAGCUAUUAAGCUUCUUACGGAAUCCAGUGAGGUUAUUCGUUCAGGAGGUGCAGAAAUACUCGGUACUCUGAUGAAGAUACUGGGCGAGCGGGCGAUGAAUCCUUAUAUAGACGGUCUGGACGAUAUUAGGAAGACAAAGAUCAAGGAGUACUUUGAAACCGCUCAAGUCAAGGCAAAAGAUCGGCCCAAGCCAAUUGUUGGCCCGCCCAAAACGGCAGUAGCUCCGUCCGGUAAGAAGGCAGCCCCAGGGAAGAAACCGACGCUUGGUUUAAAGAAACCAGCUCCAGCUGUGCGCAGUGCCGAGGAACCACCUUCUGCUCCAGCCCCGCCAAAAUCAGUAGCAACCAAAGCUAUUCCGAAAUCUGGUCCGAAGGCUGGUGGUCUUCCAACACCAGGCUCUGGUCUCAAGAAACCGGCACCCGGUUUGGGGCGCCUGGCAUCUCCACGACGAGUUGUCUCUCCUCCAGCGGCAGAGGCGGCAGCACCAACAUCACCACCCGCUCCCAAAUUUGGUCUUGGACGGGGACUUGCUGGCCGUCCGAUAGCAAAACCACUGGCUCCUGCACCUGCUGAACCGGCACCUGCUCCCACAUCUCCCCCGACGAUCGGCAUCUCUGCAAUCGAACGGGCUGAGCUCGAAGAACUGCGUCUGGAACGUGAGCGCUUCACCAAGAUGGUUGAAGAUCUACGAUCCGAAAGGACAAAGCUCAAGUCGCAAGUGGCGGAGCUGCAAAAUCAGAAUGCACAGCUAAUUGAAGACCAUACACGGGAUGUCCUUAGUAUCAAGGCGAAAGAGACACAAUUGGUCCGGGCACGGAGUGACGCUGAGGCUGCGGAACAGACUGUUCAAAAACAACAGAGAGAUAUUGAACGUUUGAAACGUGAACUCACAAGAGCACUUCGCUCCUCUGCUGGCAGUCCAGACGGGUUCAGCACGGGCUUCUCUGAUGCUGGUUCGAUAUAUCACGAAUCUGCUGGUAAUGGAUACGUGUCUCAUUCUCGAGCUGGUUUCCAUAUGGGUUCUAGGUUCGAGAGUGAGCGACCUCGGAGUUACAUCUCAGCCAGUCCAAGCGAGGAGAAGGAGAAUACGGGAUCGGAAUCCCCAAGCCGUCUCAGUAGAGAAGGAAGCUUCAGUCGGAGAAAACUGAGCCCUAGCUUUGGAGCAAGCUACGGUGGCAUCGGAAGCCCGACUCGCUCGACCUUAGGCUCUGGAGUAGGUUCGAGGGAUGAACACAACUCUACAAGACCUACUGAGCCGGCAGAAAAUUGGAAGAGGGCAGCGGAGGUAACAAGCCAGCUGAAGGCACGAAUUGAGCAAAUGAAGGCAAGACAAGGUCUCGGACGACAUGGCCAACGCUGA